AUGGUUAAAGGCGUUGGAGUAGAAUCAAUGCAAUCUAAAGUGAGACAAUUUUUCGUUAUUGGAAGAGGCCUCGCUAGCGAGAAGACCCCCAAUCCAACUCUCUACAGAAUGAGAGUAUUCGCAAAGAAUAGCGUUCUCGCCAAGUCUAAAUUCUGGUACCACAUGAAGAGACAACACAAAGUCAGAAAGAUCCAAGGAGAAAUCGUUUCAGUCUCAGAGGUAACCAACACAUCUAAAGUAACUGUUUAAUAGGUCUUUGAAAAGCACCCAAGCGUCGUCAAGAACUACGGCAUUGUUCUAAGAUAUUUGUCAAGAACUGACCCAAUCAACAUGUACAAGGAGUACAGAGACACUACCCUUGCUGGCGCUGUUUCCCAGAUGUACAUGGAAUUGAGUGGAAGACACAGAGCACCCCAUGAAUCCAUCUAAAUCAUCAAGACUAGCAUUGUUCAACCAAAAGAUUGCCAAAGAGAUCACAGCAGAGCUUUCUCCAAGGUUUCAGUCAAGUUCCCCAAGGUCAAGCCCAUUAAGAGAGCACCAUCCAAGAGCCUUAAGACCACUUUCAAGGCUACAAGACCAAUCGUUUCUCAGAACAUGAGUUCCACAAGCCUCAAUGUCACAAAUUAAUCCUCUGUCGUGAUCUGCUCCAGAGCUGAUGAAAUAAAAUUCCUCAGAGAGCAAGAGGAAAGGAACAGAAUAGAGAGGAUAAAGCAAGUCAGGAAUCAAGAAAAGGUAGCAGGCCGCCUAAAAAUGCAAUAAACCCAGGAAAAACAGAAAUAGGAAAAGCAGUAACAAGAAGAGUUUCAGAAGUAUUAAGAAUACCUUCAAAAGAAAUAAGAGAUCGAGGAGCUUAAAAAACUAAGGGAACUGGAGAUAGAAAGGACUGGCAAAGCUAUGAGAGAUGCUGAAGAGGCAGAAGAACGAAGACUCAGAGAUGAAUUAGAUAAGAAAGAAAAAGCAAUCAGAGAUGAGAGAAAUAAGAAAGUUCGAGGAAAGUUAGCUCUUGAGAAGGAGAAGUAACUUCAACAAGAAAAGAUAGAACUAGAGGAAUAAAUUAAAUUAAUCGAGAGAAAAAAGUUAGUUCAUUAGCAAGAGAGUAUGUUAGCUCAUGAUUUAGCUUCUAAAUUCAGAGAGCAAAAGAGCAUGAGAAGUAAGAUGAUUGGAGAUAAUCAAAGUCUGUCUCAAAUUGAGAAAGUCAGCAAGUACAGCAAAAAAGUUGAAAAUAGUAUCAUUUCAAAAUCUCAGCUUGACUACACCAACACUAGAUUCCACAAUGCACUUAUUCUUAGACAUGAUCAUGAUAAUGUUAUUCAGGAAGAACUUGAAAAGUGUGCUUAUGAAAAGGCUAAGACUGAAGCAACAAAGAAAAAUAUCGAGAAAGCAAAAAAGGAAAGCAUAGUCAGAUAAAAUGAAUUGAAAGCUAAGGAAAGAGGCAAGCAAGCUCUAGAAAUAGAAUAAAGCAAGAAGGAUAAAGAGGAGUUUGAAAAAGAAAUGAAAAAGAUUUAAGUCAAGGAGGGCUAUGAGAAGAUUUAAAAUGGCCUUAAAGAUAAAACUAACCUUAAUUUAGCGGUGAAUGAGAAGAAGUAAAAACAAAAAUAGGAAAAGCUUUAAAAUUUGUUUGAAUAAGAAUUUCUGAACAUAGAUGAAGAAGGGGAAGAAAACGAUGAUGAAAAUCAAAACAUUUUAAAUGCUCCACCCAAACCCUAUAAACUUAAUAUCAGACUAUAAGAAGAUUCAAAGAAUCAGCAUUAAUCAAGCUAAUCUUAGUCAAACUCAUAGACUAAGCAGUCUUAGAAAGACCUGAAUUAGAAUCCGAACUAGCCACAGCAAAUCAACCUUAACUUCCCGUAGGCUACGUAUUAAAGUGAAUAAAAUAUUCAAUCACAGCCAAUAAUCGAUGGUUCAAAGUAUUAAUUCUAUCAUGAAGAUCCUUAUAGUUCUCAAAAGAAGAUGAUUAAUGAUGAUGAUUCUGAAGAUUUAGGUUCAAAUUAUGUCCUCAAUUCAAGACUCUAAGAAGAUUCAGCCAAGAAACAUUAACUUUAGUAAUAAAUGAUGACAUAACAACAAGAUUAACAGCAAAAUCCUUAGAUAUUUUCAAAUCAGUAGCUCUAAGAAUAAGCAUCCUUUUAUAAAUAACAGCUUAUGCAGUAUUAGCAAUAGCUAACUAUGGCACAAAAUAAUUACUAAUCAAAAACCAAUCCAUUCUUUGUUCCUCCACCAAAUGAAAAUGGGCCAAAUCCUGCACCAACUUAAUCUGCUCAACCUUAAUUCUAUAACCCUUACCUAGAAGAGAUUAAGAAAAAAGAAUAAAAGGAUGAAAGCCAAAGAAUUUAAAUAAAACUUAAUCAUCCUAAAUAAUAGAAACAGGCAAAUAAUCCUUAGGCUAUGGUUGAUGAGUUCUUAUAAGAGAAUAAGUAAUACUUGAAAAAGAAAAAUCAUGAUGACUCAGAGCUUCCCUCCGAUUAUGAUGAUGAGGAAGCUAGUGAUGCUGAGUUUUCCUAACCAAAGUCAAGUGGUCAUGAGCACGAGCAUACAUCAAGCGAGCUUAAAUCCUCUUCCAGGAACAAUGAGAAUGAUUAUCCGAUGAAUGAGAUCAAUAAGAUCAUUAAUGAGGCCAAAUAACAAAAUCAGUAUUAGAAAUACAUAGAGGAAAAUAAGCAUUACAUGCAAUAACCUCUAAGUGCAUCAUUAAAACUAAGUUCAGCAAUUUAAAAAAAUGAAGACUAAGAAAGUCAAAAUGAGGAUGAGAGUUAUAUUAGUGAUAAGUAUCUUAACUCAAAUUAUGAUCAUUCAAAGACCAUUAAUGAUCAGCAAUCACUCACAACUUCGUACUUAGCUGAUGAAUUUCUUCAAGAUUCAAAUAACAAAAGCAAGAGCAGUUAAAUGAUGAACUCAGGUUUCUCUUCAAGCAAUAAAACUGGAAAAACUUCUUAUCUUAAAAAUUCGGGCAAGUCUAAAAAUACUUAGAAUCUUGGUUAUUCUGAAUCCGAUGCCAAGUACGGCCACUCUUCUUAACAACCAACAUAAUCUCGCGGAUACGAUUAUACUUAAUCUUUAAAAUAACCAGAAAAUUAAGCUGUCUAAAGUUUUGGGAAAGUAGACUAAGGCUAAACCCCUUAAAGUGAAUUAAGUUACUCUUAUUCAGAGAUGAUUGGAGAUUAUGAGGGAAGCAAUUACCUAAGUUCAAAAAUGAAGAUGAGCAAUGGAGGAUAAACAGGUAGCUAUCUUAAGUCUAAUGGUUAAACUAUGGGUAAGAGUAUGCACAACAACAGAAAUAACUAUACUAUUCAUGAGGAGGAAGAAGAGAAGAACUCAAGCAGUCAAGAUUUAUCUUAUAAUCAGCAAUAGUAUAACUACAACCCAGUAAAUACUAAUUCUCUAAACAAGAAUACUGCACCUCAGUUCACUAGUAACACCCCUUAAUUUAAUUCUUCGAAUCAAAUAAACCUUAAUUCUCAGAGGUAAGGAGGUGUUAAACUAGAAAUUAAUAACGAUGAUUAAGUAAGCUUGAAUGUUGGUGCUGGUAGUUUAGCUGAAGCAUUCAGACUAAAGAAGCAGAAGUUAUUAGAAGCAAGGCUAGAGAGCAGAGAAUCUUAACAGGAAAGUGAGGAUAGCAAGAGAUAGCCCCCUAAAAAGGAAAAGUCAAAGGAGGAACUUGCAGAAAUAAGAAGGCAGAUGAUGAAGUAAAAGCCUAAGACAUCAAAUCAACAGCAGCAGUAGUAAUAGAAACAAGAAGAGCUAAAUAAAAAUGACAAAAAUAUUCCAACUCACUUGAUGAGCAGGUUGGCUAAAGGAGAGAAAGCUGAGAUCAGCAAGAAAGAUAUGCUUAAACUGACUACUAAGAACUAUGAACUGCUGCCAGAGGUGAAGAAAAAGAAGGAAGAGGAAAAGAAAAAAGAAGAGCUAAAGGAAAGAAUGAGGCAAGUCAAAGAGCUAGAAAAGCAAAGAAGAGAACUUAUGAUAAGAUAAAAGAGAUGA